UCUCGACCGCACGCCACACGCGUGAAAGCUUGCAAGUGAAACGCUCGACAUAUCUCUUUUUCUACGUGCCUUACAUUUCGGGAGUACCUUGAGCCUCCGGAGCGCACACGUGGAAGAAAAUGCGGACCACCGCGAGCACGAUUUUUGCGAUCGUCUGCUCAUCGAUCGCACUAACGGUCGCGAAACCGGCGCCGGAGCCACCGGUGAACUCAUACUUUCCACCCUCUGGAGGUGGUGGCGGUGGCGGAGGCGAUGGCGGCGGCUACGGGCCGCCAGCUCCGGCUUAUGGUCCGCCACAGCAAGCCCGGGUGAUCCAAAAGCACGUAUAUGUCCAUGUGCCGCCACCAGAAGCGCCGGAGUACAAAGCGCCCAAGCAUGUGCCGCAACCACAGCCGGCCCAGAAACACUACAAAAUAGUGUUCAUCAAGGCGCCAACUCCGCCGACGCCGACCGCGCCGCAACUGCCACCGCUGCCGCAGCAGGAUGAGGAGAAGACGUUGAUCUAUGUUCUGGUGAAGAAACCCGAAGAGGCACCCGAUAUUGUGUUGCCGACGCAGGCACCGACGCAGCCCAGCAAACCGGAGGUCUACUUCAUCCGCUAUAAAACUCAGAAGGAGCAAGGUGGCGGCGAAUAUGGGCCACCGGGACAACAACCAGGACAACCCAUCGACAGUUACGGAGCACCACAACCGGGCCCGGGCCCCAGUGGACCAUACUAGGCUCAUCGCACGAGAGCACCCUCACCACCCUCGAGACUUCCGGUAUUUUACGAAGACAAAUCUUUAACGGUGAUUAUUCUCGCAGCCGUUUCGAGAUACGUGAGCGCAAACGCACAAGCCCGGAUGGAUCUUAAUAAUUUUAGGAGGGAUGUAUAUAUCGCCUAUAUCUCGUAAGAUAGGCCGCAUGGUGUUAAAGGUGCUUAAAAGGCAGACGCUUCGUGUUGUUAAAGCCUAUGAUGUCGCUCGCGUAUACAAUUCACAUAUACAAUUCACACUCACACAUACGCAUACAUAACAAGUUCUUGAACGACCGAGUACAUUUGUCGUGAUUCUCUGUUGAUAUAUAAAAAAAAAAAGAAUCAUUUUUAAUAUUUUUAUAUACGAGAUGUCGAUGUUUCUUUUGUAUCUUUUAAGAAAAUAAUUUUAAAUACAUUUUUUAUAUCAAACAAUUUCUGGUAUUAUUAAUCACUUCACCGCCUUUCUCUUCGUCAGUUCUACCUUUCGUUUCUUACAAUCUAUUUAUCUCUCUCUCUCUCUCUCUCUCUCUCUCUCUCUCUCUUAUUUCUCGUUCAUGUCUUAUUAACGAUGCGAUAUAAAAUCGAAAUUAUUGAAAUCUAGAUCACGAAACAAAUAUUAAUGUUUAAACUAUGUUUUAGAAAAUCUAUACCCAACAUGUAUCUUUUUCCGGCAAAUAUUAUUUUGUUAACUAAAUUUACAAUUAUUAUAAUGAUAAUAAAAUGAAGACAUUUG